AGUGGGAAAGAAUGUUAGGUGCGGCCCCAAUGUCAGCGCAAACUAGUUUGUGUAAGAAAGAGAAAGUGAAACCGAUUUGUUCAGACACAACAAUGCAAAGAGGAAUAGAAGAAUGGAGAGACGGUCUGCAGGAACCUCUGACUAAGAUUAGGAGAGCCUCCUCGGGUGAGGACAUUGGAAUGGCGGACAAAGAGAUGGACGUGGAAGCUCCAGCCCUGUCUGAAGCAAGAGAUGAGACUCCUGCAAAAAUGGAGCUUGGCAAAAAAGAUGUUGGACCCAAACCAGCAGAAACAGAGCUUGGCAAGAAGCUUAAAACAUUUGCACUCAAACCAGAAAAAUGGGUGCCGCAUUUCCAGCAACUCCUAGGAGUGGAAAACACAGAGGCCUUGCAAUAUCUGGGUACCGAGGACUACUUUAAGCUUGAAAAGAACACCGAACAUCCUUGGGAAAAACAAGCACUACAGAAGCUCUUGAAUAUAGAAGAUCCUCAGAUUACCCAGAAGAAAUUACUGGAUGAACAGGCUGCAAAGAAGAAAGAAAUCGAAGACAACGCCAAGAGAGAGCUAAAAGAAAAACAAGACAAAGCUAAGCAAGAUAUUUCAGAAAAGCAAGACAAAGCCAAGAAAGCACUAGAGGAAUUCAAAAAAUUGCAUAAAGAAGCCAAAACUUUGACCGAUAACACUGCUAAGUUAGCAGCGGAGAGCCUCAAAAAGCACAAAGAUAAAUCUGUAAAAUCCUCCAAUCCGCUAGAAGAAAUGAUUGAAAAAUCACACAAAGAGCUGACUGCGGCAGGGGGAUCACCUCCCAAUGCUGCUAACCUAUCAGAUGCAGAUGUUUUAUACCAGGCAUCAGGCGGCCUUGCUUUGGAAGGAAUUUACAUGACAAAGAGGCAGGAAGAUGUCCUAAUGAAACGGGAAAGACUUCUCGAUGUCCCGAAUGGCCUUGCCCUCGCUGGUCCUCUGCAGCAACCUGUGCUUAAGCAGAAAGAGUUCUCAUCCUCUGAUGAAGAAUCAAUGUUCCAACACUCAAUGGAGAAGUUGGGUUUCAGUAUUACUACUGCAGCUAAAGGUGGCUUCUGGGGGUUCCAAGCCGAGGCCAGUUUUGGCUACAGCUCAACCAAUAUGUCAGAGAAAAAGAGAGAGUCUCACACAGAACAUGCCUAUAUCUCUACAACAAAAUACAACUACAUUCCACUGGCCUCCUGCUAUAUUCCCAAAGAGAAGCUCCUACUCUCUCCAGCAGCCUUGGAAGAACUAAAAUCAAUUGAGGAACUUUUGGAAUAUUGUGAUAAGUUAGAACAAGCUUCUGUGAAGGAACGAUAUAAUAGGUUCUUCAGCUGUUAUGGCUCUCAUGCUAAUCAAGGGCCACUUCAUUUUGGAGGGAUAUAUUGGUGGACGGCUUCAUCCCGGGGGUUUAAACAGGAGAUGCUGGAAAAAGUUAAAGAGGAAACUACCAUGGCUGUAAAUGCUUCAGUGGAUGUAAGUUAUUCUGGUCUAUGGUCAGCAUCCGCUGGUGUUGAUGUCGCAAAAACUGACACAAAACAAUCCUCUUCCAAACAUGAGACUAAAAAGCUUGAGAAGAACAUCGAACUGUCUGUAACAAAAACUGGAGGACCGCCAACAGUGGACUCUCUAAAUGACUGGAAAUCUGGUCUUCAAGCCAACAAUAAGACCUGGAGUGUGAUCGAUCGAGGUACCCAUCUCAUUCCUGUCUGGGAUAUAAUAUUGUCUAGCCACAAAGAGGAUUUUAAAAACAUGUAUCAAGUAGCAAAAGAUCUAAAAAACAUAUAUGCAUCUGCUACUGGUCUACACCACAAUUUGCCAAUUGGUGAAAAUGUUUCCUCCGCCGUUAAUGAAGCCAAUUCAUUUUUUUUACAACUGCAAUCUUGGGAGGUUCAUCCAACACAGCAGCAAUUAAAGAGGUUGAUUGAUUUUAGACAAUAUCUCAAUGAAAAGACCGGGAACUACAAUGUCUGGUUAAAUGUUUGCCUCCCUCAUGAGGAAUUAAAAAGUUUCUUAGGAAGAGUUCAAGAAUUUUACAGUCAAAGCUCCAGAGAAGAUGAAUCUGUUAUUCGUUGCAUGUUGAAAUGUCUUCUUCAAAACAUUGCAUGUUCUAGUGACAUUGAAGAUUCAUAUGCACCUCUAAUUAAAUGGAUUUACCAGUCUAAGAAAGAGCAACACCUUCUUGAUGUCUCUGAUUUUUCAGCUCUAAUUAAUCUGAUGUCCCAGGCUAAAGAAGACCUACAAGUUGAUAAAACUGAUGAUGAUGAUGAUGAAGAAAUUCAAGAAGCAACAACCAAACUUUCAGUUAUUAUCAAUUCUUAUCUUCAAUCCUUCUUAAAAACAUUGAGACGCAUGGAACAAAAAGAAGAGGAGCUUUUGGUUGUUUGUGCUGCAAGCUGUGUGGGAUACUCAUUGCAGAAUCAUUAUUUCAAGCAGAGUCUUGGGUGGCAAGAGGUCACCUUCAUGGUUGAAAAGAUGCAGUAUUUAAUGAAGGAAUAUAGGAAUCUCAAAGACAUCAAAGCAUAUAGAGGGCAAGCCUUUAUAUUGGCAGAAGGACUAACAUUGGGUGACGAGGAAAGUAGACCCAGGUCUACUGCACAAAAAAAGGAAUUUCUCCAAUUCAUGUUGGAGAACAUAGGAAGUACCCUGGAACCAGAGAUAAGGACUGUUCUACAAAAGCAUAGUGAACCUUUUGAUUUGCAGUAUUUAAUUGCUGACUUGAACCAUUUACGCUUAGGUACUUCUGAAGCCAUUGGCAACGAUACUACAGAAAGCCUUGUAAACACAUUAAAAACAAUAAUUGGAUCAACUACUGAAUCUCAAGACCAACCAACCAUUACCACUGUAGAAACUACUACUGACAAUCAAAAUGUUCACAGUCUCAUGGAAACGUUGGGCCUGGGGAAAUAUUACCCUAAAGGAUUAAACAGAAGAAACUUCCAUGUAGUUCACAAAUCUCUUCAGAUUCAUCCAGAGAAGGAGAAUGAGCUCCCUCUACAGUUUAUGCAGCUGCUGAUGAGUUUAGAUUAUCGCUUUAGGUACCUUGUAUGCAAGAACACUGAUGUUGUUAACAAUGCUGAAAAUUUAAAGAACCCUGAAGAUGACAUUAGCAUGUUUGACACCGUUGAUGAGCUAUUUGAUUUCUGUUCCAAAGAAGAGACACAUGUGGUUCAAACCGAGACGAAGGUGAUACACCCCAUGGACCUGUUGUUGGCUGUCUUCCACUGUGCAGAUGAUAUGAUGAGGCAAUAUAUUUUUACCAAAAUGUCCAUAUGCCAGUUUGCACUGCCACUUAUAGUUCCCAGGCCUUAUGAUUCCAUGAUAGAAAUACCUCUGUGGGCUUUCAGACAGGUCUAUAAAAGUAUUUUGGACACUGAUGUAUCAGACGUUGUGAAGCAUAAAGAAAAAACGAUCUGUGAAAAUGAUUUUCCAGUUGUCUGUUUCACUCGAUUUGGAAACGCUCCAUUUUCAAAAUCCCAGAUUGUGAACAAUCUGCUGAGUAAGCACAAACAUGAUGUGUUCUUUCAUAGGAACUGUGAAGGAAGUGUGAAAAAUCGCAUUUUGGUUGAUGGACUUGCUGAGAUCUUCUGGUUUUGCCCAAGUGGGAAGGACACAGACCAGUUUAAAAAAUGCACUGCCUUCGUUAACCUCCAUGGUGAUGCCUGCAAAUAUGCCAAACAAGCUUCAAUUUUACAAGAGAUUUCUUCAGUAAAUGUAAUUCUUUUCUCAAGAUCUGAUAAAAAAGAACAAGGUAGUGAAUUGUUAAAAAAACUAAAAGAGAAACCACUGAUCAUUCUCUCCCCAGACAAAGAGUCUUCUAUGAAUGUGUACAAAGAAAGCAAACAGGUGAUAAUUGGCCUAAAAAACCAAAAUGAAGCAAAAAUCUUGAAGGAACUAACUGAUUCUAUUUGUCGUUUGUUGGCUUUGUAUUCUAAGCCUUGCAGCCUUGAACGUUGUGCUGAAAUAGGUCGACAGCAUGGGUUCCUAGUGGAUGAAGACAGCAAGGAAUGCACAGAGGGCAAAUCCCAAGCUCAGAAGAUUAUGUCUCUUUUAAAACAAAAAGAUCUUCUGAAGGCCAAGGACGAAUUCUUACCCCUUUCAGGUCAGCUCUGGCAUUCCUGGUGCAAAAAAGACAAAGAAUUGACUCAAUUACAGAACAAGGUGAACCAAAGCAUUGAGCAACACUCCAGCAAUAUCGAGAUGGAAAAACAGUUAAUCAGGAAGAAACAGAUAGAAAAUGCAAGUCACAAUGAAUUCAUGAAAACCUUCAUAUCUCAGUUGAGAUCUCCUUCAAAAACAACCAAACUGUUCUUCUUACAGUGGCUAAAAAUCUACAUUGAUGACUUGUCCUGUGACCGUGUGAUGGAUCUAAGAAAUGAAUACAACAAACUGUGGAGUCAACUUCAAUCAGAACAGAUAGAGGCCAAAGAUUUAAAGAAUGCAGUACAAGAAGACUUGGAAUCUCUCUCGGAGCAGAUGAAUGCCUGUAUGUUCGGUCUUGAGCAUGUUCUUAGGGAAGUUGGGCAGACUUAUGAAGCUCUCUCUGACUUGCAAUAUAAAGAUGACUGCUUCUAUGAACUGCCUAAAAUUGCUGCAGAAAUUAUGGUUUCUGGAUACCCUAUUGAGCUGAUGGAUGGUGAUGCUUGCUACGUGCCCCUGAAAUGGAUAAAAGCUGUUCUAGGAGAAUUAAACAAAAUCAUAGGAGAUAAGAAAUUAUUUGUACUGUCUGUACUUGGGGUUCAGAGUUCGGGUAAAUCAACUCUGCUCAACACCAUGUUUGGUCUACAGUUUGCUGUCAGUGCUGGGAGAUGUACCCGAGGAGCUUUCAUGCAGCUUGUUGAAAUUGCAGAUGAGCUCAGAAAAGAUUUGGGUAUUGAUUACAUCUUGGUUAUUGAUACCGAAGGCCUGAGAGCCAUGGAACUAUCCAGCAAAGUAACCUUGAAUCAUGACAAUGAACUAGCAACAUUUGUUAUAGGCGUGGGCAACAUGACAUUAAUCAACGUCUUUGGUGAAAAUCCUGCUGAGAUCAAAGAUAUUCUCCAAAUUGCUGUCCAGGCAUUUCUGAGAAUGAAACGGGUAAAGCUCUCCUCAAGUUGCCUCUUUGUUCAUCAAAAUGUUGGAGACGUAACCGCUAGGGAUAAAAACAUGGAAGGGCGUCAUAACCUUCAGAUGGAAUUAGACAAAAUGACGGCUCUCGCAGCCGAACAAGAACAGUGCAAUAUUCAGCGAUUCAGUGAGGUCAUCAAAUUUGAUGCAAAAACACACAUUUAUUAUUUUGCUCAUUUGUGGGAAGGAAACCCUCCAAUGGCUCCACCUAACCCGUGCUAUAGCGAGGAUGCUCAAAUAGUUAAAGAUAUCAUACUGAGUAAGCAAAAAGAUCCCCACAGCAUUCUGAACAUCUCGAAGCUCAUUGUCCGUAUAGAGGACCUUUGGUCAGCUCUGAGAAAUGAGAACUUUGUGUUUAGUUUUAAAAACACCUUGGAGAUUUCUGCCUACAGCAAGGUAGAACACAGAUACAGAAACCUAACAUGGCAGCUGAGACGCAGUUUUCUUGAACUCCAAACAAGACUGAACAACAGAAUUAAGAAGGGUGAGAUAAACACUGUCAGCCAAAAUGCUGUGGAGGAAGAGGUGACAAAAACAUUUGACUCAAUUAAAGAAGAAUUUGAAAUAUUUUUCAGUGAAGAUAGGGACAAAGAGAUACUGAUCCAGUGGAAAGCCCACACUGAAAACAGAUUAAAGUGUCUAUAUACAGAACUUGUAGAAGAAACCACAAGGCAAGCAAUGGAACACAUCAAUCUGAAAAAGAGUCAGAGAAAAGUGAAGCAGAGGCAGACGGGGUAUGAGGAAGAAUUAUUUAGUAAAAGUAAACAGCUGGCACUUGAUAUUAAAGAUGAAGGUCUAGAUGAAUCCCAACUAAGUGACCACUUCGACAUGCUGUGGCAAGAAUGGGUUGCUGAAAUAAAUGCCACUACCCCACAUACAGAAAAACCUAACAUCAUUUCUGAAGCAGAGAAUGUCCUGUUGGGGUAUUUCCGGCAUGAACGUAGUAUGAAUCUUAAACUUAACACUUUCAGUAGAUGGACAUCAUUCUCCAUUGACUUGUCAAACCAUGCUGUUGGUAAAAAACAAUGGAAGAUAAUACCCCAUAAACCAGAUGACUCUGAUAGGAAACAAAUCAUGAUGGUAUUCAAUAACCUUGUUGUAGACGUUUGUGAUUAUCUAGAGAAAAAAAGAAAAGACGGGGUAGAUUAUAAUCAAGCAUACUUUCAUGAGAUAAUUAAUAAAGUAUCCGAAUCUAUUAACAGCAUAAAUUCUGACGCAUCAAGAAAAUUUAUAUUGACCCAAUUGUUUAAGUUUGAGGUGUCCUUGCAUCUCUUUGGCUUGGCAGUGCCCAAGUUUGAUUACAUGCAUGAGACAUUUCAGAGAGCCAACAAUCCUGUUGUAACUCUGGAGAACAACCGCAAGGUGUUUUUCAAUUGUUUCAAGAUUUCUUGCCAAGGUGCUGCCUCCAUCAAAUUCUUUUCUGACUCCCUGUGUACGAAGAUCGUGGAAGCUAUGCGUUCUGCAUUGUAUGACAGAACAACUCUGGCGAUUGUCGAUGAGAUGACCUGUAACUUUCCACCCUUUAGUGGUAACCGUUCCAAACUGGAAAAUUACAUUUUAAUAGACUUAGCUAAACAGGAGGACUUUGAAAAAUACAGGGAAUAUAUUCACUUCCCAAACAGGUUUUUCAAAAGCUUUAUUGAGAAAUGCGUUAAUGAUUACUGUCUGGGCAAGAACUCUCAAAAAAUGAAGAAUUUCUUGCAGAUCAGUCUUGAUUAUUUCCACAAACAAAUUCUCGAGAGCAUCAUUGAAUCCACCAAAUUUAUGAAUAAAAGCAGUGAUAUGUCUAACUGGCUUGAUGUCUUCUAUGACCGAAUUGAUGAUCUUGUAAGUUUUUCGAGAGCAGAUCUGAAGAGCAUUGAGCACCAGGAGAUCCAGGACAUCCAGUUCUUUCAGGAAGUCAUGUGUACUGCUUGGGAUACUGCCGUUGAGCAUUUUCAAAAAGGAUUAGCAACAAUAAAUUUUGACUCUUUUGAGAAGAAGCCUCAUGAAAUACUUAUUGAUCAGCUUUGUGGCUGCUGGGAACAGUGCCCAUUCUGCAAAGCAAUAUGCACCAACACAAUCCCUGGCCAUGAUGGAGAUCACUCUGUGGCUUUCCACCGUUCCCAGGCAAUUAAUGGCAUGCCAUGGGUGCAUUCAAAUGAAUUUGUCACAGAGAUAUGUUCAAGCCUCGUUAGCUCUGAUUCCUGCCUGGUCGCAGACAGCGUAACUCAAAUCCCUUACAAACAUUACAGAAAAAUGGGCCCUAAUUAUGCCAACUGGAGCAUCACCCCGGACACAUCUUCUCAGCCCUACUGGAAGUGGUAUGUGUGCAAAUUCCGUACAAAUUUGGAAAAUGACUAUGGCUUGAAGUUUGAACACAAAGGAGAAAUUCCACACCAGUGGGAAAGUAUCACUAAAGAAGAUGUGAUUGCCAGCUUGAGGGACCUUUAAAGUAUAUCUAUUGCCAAAAUAGUUUUGGAUGGAGCAGGUUAUGAUCAGGACCCCAUUCAAUGUUAUCUUUUUGCUAUGUCUGUGUCCAGUUUUGGAUAUCCAGGUGUUCAGAAGACACAACAUGAAGCAAGAGAAAGUCUAUCCACAGUUUCAGGAUGUCCCCCUUUGGGCACCAGGACAUACAUCUCCAUUGGAAGAUUUCCCCUCACUUUCUGUUUUUGACGUUUCUGUGACGUUUUUAAUCUCCCAUUAUUUCCUCUCAUGGUGAGAGGGGUUAUAACUGUUCCCUACCAAAACAAAAAAAAAAAACAAUUAUAGAUAGACUUUAAAAGAAAACUGUACCCCAUAAUACAGGUUGUCAUUUAACAAAUCCCCCAACGUCUCUGAGUGCGCACACUUGGUAACGUACUUAUCGUCCUCCCCAUUCCAGUUAUCUUGUGUGCAUGCACUUCGUAGACCUCUUUCAUUCCUAUGGGGGAGCCAUACUCAUGGUAGCCUCCAGCAAGGCUCCCCCAUAAGUUUGAAUGGGGUUGCAGGGCACAUGCCCACUAACCAGAAUACCCAAUGGGUACAUUUUCUGAGGACCACAUGCUCGGCAGGGCCAAACAAAUGGGCUGCACUUGUGGGCGAUGGGCAUAUUUAUUGAAAGGCAACUUGUACUAAAAGGUACAGUUUAACUACACAGAAUCUACCAAAAGCCAAACUAAACCUGAGUGGAUUCAUUUAAUCUCAAUUUGAUGCAACUUUUUCUGAUAUGGUGUCCUCAGGACUGAAAAAGUCUCACUAUCAUUAUCCAUGGUGGAACCCCUCUUAGAUGUAGAAGAAAGCAUUAAAGGGACACUAACAUUCCAAACUGUUCUAUCCCAGAAUAGACUGUCUUCACCAUAAAAAAAAUCAAAUAUACAUUUUGUAGAUAACGAGCAAGUUCAACAGCUGUGUGUCUACCUCAUCUCACUUUCCUCUAUAUUGAUUAUCCUUUACUGCCUUAGCCAUGCUUGCUACAAUACCAUGUCCUUCCCCCAAGGAUGCUGCCUAUAUAUUAUAUGAUGCUAGAUCACACCCCAAUCUCUCCAUAGCAUUAGAAAGCCUAAUCAUGCUGUGAAAUUUUAUGAAAUUAGACAAAAUAUUAUAUGUCUUGGAAGAUAUAUGCAUGCAAACAAUAUUAAUAAAGCUUUGCUAAGCAUUAUAUCAUGAA